ACGAACAUGACAAGUUCAGUCUUGCUUACAAGUUGUCAAAGCAAACAUGUGUUGUACUUAAAUAUAUAUAUCUAUACAUAUAAAAUAAUAUAUUUAUUUUAAAUCUAUAUUUAUAAUAUAAUUAAAUUGAAUUAAAUAUCACGAUGAAUGAUGAUAUAUUAUUAACCGGAAGUAAAAGGAAAUUAAAUGACCUUGAGAAUGUGGAGGAAAAUAAAAAUAAAAAACGACGCGAUAAAAAUUACAAUGAAUAUGGACGUGAUUAUUCAAAAUUAUUAAAUAACAGUUAUAUUAUUGAUAGUGAUUCUGAUGUCAGUGAUCAUGUUGAAUUAUCUGAUUUUGAUGCUGAUGCUGAUGAGACUAUUGAGGUUGAGGAUAAUCCUGAACCGAGUACGUCAUCGUUCACUCAUACUAAUGAUUCUAAUAAUCUUUACGAUUCAGAUUCUGAUUUGAAAGAUUACGAAGUUCUAGAUCAAGAAUUUAAAAAUGAAAUGGAUUUUAAUUCCGACAUUCGCAAAAAUGAUGAAAAUAAUGAUGAUGAUGAUGAUGAUGAUGAUGAAGAUGAAGAUGAGCUUAAUCGAAGCUUUGAGGACAAUGAUGAUGAUGAUGAUGAUGAACUUAAUCAAAGAUUUGAUAUUAAUAAUGUAAAUAUCCCAUACGAUUCAUUCGAAGACACUUUCGAUCCAACAAUAACUGAAAAAACCGAAGAAUUAUUAAAACAGAUUGAAAAAGUUGAACAAGAUGUCGCACGAUCUCGACAACUGAUCGAGAGCUGUAACUUGGAAAAACUUCCCGACAAAGGUGAGCGUCAAAAGGACAUUCUCGAGUUCAACGAAUCGGAAUUAGUUCGUCUGCGCAAAGAGUACGACCAAGUUCUCUCAAGCGCGAGCGUAAAUAACCAAAGUCAUCAGCCAGGAUCUCGGCCAUUCACGAUGAACAAACUCCAAGUUCUCCAUGGCACUCUGCUGUCCUGUCCAAGUGAGAACCAGCGUGAAAAAACUCCCGAUGGUUUAAAGACGGCAUUGAAACCUCACCAGGAGCAUGCCUUAGCCUGGUUACUCUGGCGUGAGGCUAAAAAACCACCCAGUGGUAUCUUAGCCGACGACAUGGGUCUGGGGAAAACCCUGACGAUGAUUUCCCUGAUCGUUAAAUCAAACGAGGAUCAUCUUGACUCGGACUCGGACGAUAACGCAUCAACAACUUCAACCUCCGUCCCAGAUCCUCGGGUAUCAAGUGGAUCAAAGGUCCAAGUCAAAGGUAAAACCCUCGUAAUUUGUCCCGCGUCAUUACUACAGCAGUGGAAAAAUGAAAUCCAACAUCACUGUCACGAAAACGUUUUGCUCACUAAAAUAUAUCACGGAACACAGCGUACCAACGAUCGUCGUCUUUUAGCACGUUACGAUGUCGUCAUAACGACUUACAAUCUCGUAGCACGUGAGUUUACACAAAAAUCACCCUUUCAACCUGGCAUACUCUCUCGUAUUAAAUGGCAGCGCAUAAUCCUAGACGAGGCUCACAUAAUACGUAACCCCAAAAGCAGUUACUGCGAGUCCGUCUGCGACCUCAUGGCCGAGCAUCGGUGGGCAUUGACCGGCACGCCGAUUCACAAUCGUCACGACGACCUUUACUCGAUAAUUAAAUUUUUACGUCUCUCCCCCUUCGAUGAUCACCACACAUUCCGCAACGCCGUCGGCUGUCAAAGCGCUUCCGGCAAUCAGCGACUGACAACUUUUAUAAAAACUUUUAUGCUGCGUCGCACUAAAGAAGACUUGCAGAAUAAAGGUGACAUGGAACGUCUACCCGAUCGCACAUCCGAAACAAUAAUUAUUGAACUAGAUCCUGAUGAGCGAUCUGUUUACAGUAAAGUACUCGCUUAUUCCAAGUCCUUGUUUGCGGCGUUUUUAUUUAUGAGAGCCAACAAAGGUGAAGGGCUGGGUAGUUUUACUUACGACUCUAUUGCUUCGCAGUAUAAUAGAGCUUAUGAUGACAGCAGUCGUAGAGGAAAUGGCCGGCGUACUGCAAAUGCCGGGGCCAGAGCUCGUGGAAGACCUAGAGGCAGAGCCAGAGGAAGGGGUAGAGGAAGAGGAAGAGGAUCAGGAUCAGCAAUAACUGUUGAUCACUUACAGUUUUUAGCAGAAAAUUCGCAUGAUUUAAAACACACAAGGAUGGUUUGGAUUCUUGUCCUAAUUUUGAGACUGCGUCAGUUAUGUUGUCAUCCAUCAUUGAUUCAUGGACUGCUUGAAGAGACGGACAUCAACACCAUUGGUAUUGACAAUGAUGACAGCAAAGACAUUGACAUAAAAAAAAUAUCAGACAUCACGAACAUCAACAACGUCGAUGGUGAAAAUAAUGAAAAUGUUGGGCUGGGAAACAGCGAAGAUUUGGUUGCAAGCAACCCAGUGUUCCAACGCAGCCGCAAGAGUUCAAAAGUCCGGGCGGUUAUGGAACGAGUCGUGGAAAUCCUCAAGACGAAGGAUAAAAUGAUAAUAGUGUCGCAGUGGACAGGAUUUCUGAAUGUAAUCGCUGAAAAUUUUCGCGGUUUACGCGAUGCUAGGUACGCGAUGUUCACCGGAGCAGUCAACGUCAGAGACCGACAGUCGGUCGUUAACGAUUUCAAUGACCCCGUCAGUGACACGAGGAUCCUGCUGCUGUCAUUGACUGCCGGUGGAGUUGGAUUGAAUCUCACUGGAGGAAACGUUUUCGUGAUUGCGGCUAUUCUAUUGGAGCGCCAUCUUCAAAGUGUGGCGAAUUAUUUGAUACUGUCAUUAGCGGUAGCUGAUUUGUUAGUUGCUUGUCUAGUAAUGCCUUUGGGAGCCGUGUACGAGGUAUCCCAUGAAUGGACACUCGGUCCCGAUAUAUGUGACAUAUGGACAAGUACUGAUGUUUUAUGCUGCACAGCAUCAAUUCUACAUCUCGUAGCAAUUGCUUUAGACAGAUACUGGUCGGUAACAAAUGUCGACUACAUACAUCACAGAACGGCAAAACGAAUUGGAAUAAUGAUUGCCGUGGUUUGGUUCGUUGCAUUUCUAGUUUGCAUAGCUCCGCUUCUUGGCUGGAAAGAUCCUCACUGGAAUACGAGAAUUGAGGUGGAUAAAACGUGUCUCGUCAGUCAAGAUAUCGGUUAUCAGAUAUUCGCAACAGUAUCAUCAUUUUAUCUUCCACUUUUGGUCAUUCUCAUUCUGUACUGGAGGAUACUCCAGACAGCGCGAAAGCGCAUUCGCAGAAGAGUCGGGCAACCGAUCAAUGCCCAAGGCGCGACCAAGACUAUGGAAUGCAAAACUAAGUCAAUGGACAGUGGUCACGCAGUCGGGGAUGCUUUGGCACAAGCCCAAGUAUCUGGUGGAAUCGCGGCAGCGGUUGUAACUGUUAUCGGAAGACCACUCCCAACGAUUUCCGAAACAACAACAACGGCUUUCACAACAGUAAGCUCAAAUAAUACAUCACCGGAAAAAACUUCAUAUCAUAAUGGUUUGGAACCAGAGCCAUCAACUAUGGAUGCGUCGCCAGCAAAACCAGCAGUUGUGAUACGUAAAAAAAAAAAAGCUGCUGAAUCUAAACGAGAGCGUAAAGCUGCUAAAACACUAUCUAUUAUUACUGGGGCUUUUAUUGUUUGUUGGCUACCAUUUUUUGUGAUAGCAAUUCUUUUACCUGUCUGUCAAACGUGCAAUAUCAACGUCUAUCUUAUUGCAUUCUUCCAAUGGCUUGGGUACUUCAAUUCAACGUUAAAUCCAGCAAUCUACACAGUAUUUUCGCCAGAGUUUCGAAGUGCUUUUAAGAAAUUACUUUGCCGAAGACGCAGAGCUGUCGGCAGGCGAAUGGGUGUGCGACACUACAUGUAGGAUUGGGUGUAGGGUGGAGGCAAUAGCUCUCGCGUGCUUUACAGAUCCGAUCCUCCCACUGUAUCAUUUGCAUUAACACGUUCUACUGUUAUUUUUUAAUUCAUUAUUAUUAUUUACAAAUUUUUUUUUUAAACAUUUCAAAAAAUUAUAAUGGAAAAGAUGCUGCACUUAAAAAAAUACGGUUUUUAUUUUUAAAAAUACAAACAACAGUUUUCUUAUAAUUUAUCAAUAUGUAGAAAAAUAGCUUAGAGGUUCCGCCAUUUUAUUCAAAGCGCCCUCUGUCCUAAUGAUUGAGAAAUUAACUAACCUUAUUUUUUCUACAACAAAACUUCUAGUCAAUAACUUAUUUUUGAAAUUAAUUUUCUAAAGAAUGUCAUAUGUUUAACUAAACAAUUUAUGAUUUUGAUAAAUAUGUCAGUCCGCAUAUUAUUCCAUAGGAAACUGUUUAAAUUAUAUGAAUAUAUAGUGUUCGGAAAAUUUCUUUAGAAAAUUUUCUUGCUUGCUCAGAAUAGUCGAACGCGUCAUUAACCGGGUGAAAAUAUUUCAAACUGAAAAAAAAAUCAUUUUUUUUCUCGUCCAAAAAAAGUCCUGAUUAAACAACUGAAUUCGACCGAAUUAAAUUUUUAAUUCUAUUUAAUUCAGAUAAAUUCUGUUAAUGCGGUACCGAACUUAAAAAUGAAUU